GGAGUUUCGCAUCUCACCCACCUCUCUCUCUCUCUCUCCACGCCUCUGCUCAUCAAUCCUUCCUUCAUAUCUAGGGUUUCAUCUUUCCAGUCAUUCGUUCGAGAAAUCAGAAUAUGGUGAUUAUCAUUGUUGAGGUUUUGCUAGGGCUCAGUUGCAAUGAGUUAUAGGUCUUGUUUGGAUUACAAGAAUAUUGUGUUGAGUUGGAUCUGAGGCUUAGUAUUUGGUGCUGGUAACAUCAUGACGAUGAACCAGCGGAACACAAUUGAUUUGGAUCAGGGAUGGGAUUUUAUGCAGACAGGGAUCACAAAGCUUAAGAACAUUCUUGAAGGGAAACCCGAGCCACAGUUCAGUUCAGAAGAUUACAUGAUGCUUUACACAACUAUUUAUAACAUGUGUACCCAAAAACCGCCGCAUGACUACUCUCAGCAGUUAUAUGACAAGUAUCGAGAGUCUUUUGAAGAUUAUGUCACAUCCAUGGUAUUGCCUUCUCUAAGAGAGAAGCAUGAUGAAUUUAUGUUACGAGAGCUCGUAAAAAGAUGGUCAAAUCAUAAAAUCAUGGUUAGAUGGCUGUCUCGGUUCUUUCAUUAUCUUGAUCGGUAUUUCAUCGCUCGGAGGUCACUUCCAGCACUAAAUGAAGUGGGACUGACUUGCUUUCGAGAUCGGGUAUAUCAUGAGUUAAAUGGAAAAGUUCGAGAUGCUGUUAUAUCUCUGAUUGAUCAGGAGCGUGAGGGAGAGCAAAUUGAUCGAGCUUUGUUGAAGAAUGUUCUAGAUAUUUUUGUUGAAAUUGGGAUGGGGCAGAUGGAUUAUUAUGAGAAUGAUUUUGAAGCAGCAAUGCUCAAGGAUACCGCUGCUUAUUAUUCCCGGAAGGCAUCUAACUGGAUUUUGGAAGACUCAUGUCCAGAUUAUAUGCUGAAAAGUGAGGAGUGUUUAAAGCGAGAGAAGGACAGAGUCGCCCAUUAUCUCCAUUCAAGUAGUGAAAUGAAGUUGCUUGAGAAAGUACAACAUGAGUUGUUGUCUGUGUAUGCUUCUCAACUGCUUGAAAAAGAGCACUCUGGAUGUCAUGCAUUACUUAGAGAUGACAAGGUGGAAGAUUUGUCAAGGAUGUAUAGGCUUUUUUCCAAAAUACCUAAAGGCCUAGAACCUGUUGCUAAUAUAUUCAAGCAGCAUGUUACUGCUGAAGGUACAGCUUUGGUUAAGCAAGCAGAAGAUGCUGCAAGCAACAAGAAGGUGGAUAAGAAAGAUGUGGUUGGUAUGCAGGAACAGGUUUUUGUAAGGAAGGUGAUUGAACUGCAUGACAAGUACCUCGCUUAUGUGAAUGACUGUUUUAUGAAUCAUUCUCUUUUUCAUAAGGCACUCAAGGAAGCAUUUGAAGUUUUCUGCAAUAAGGGUGUUUCUGGAAGUUCAAGUGCUGAACUUCUUGCAACAUUCUGUGACAAUAUUCUGAAAAAAGGUGGCAGUGAGAAGUUGAGUGAUGAAGCAAUAGAAGAGACAUUAGAAAAGGUAGUAAAGCUACUUGCGUAUAUCAGUGACAAGGACUUGUUUGCAGAAUUUUACCGGAAAAAGCUUGCUCGGCGGCUAUUAUUUGAUAAAAGUGCCAAUGAUGAACAUGAAAGAAGUAUCCUGACCAAGUUGAAGCAACAAUGUGGUGGUCAGUUCACUUCAAAGAUGGAGGGGAUGGUUACGGAUUUGACAUUAGCUAGGGAAAACCAAGCCAACUUUGAGGAGUAUCUCAGUAAUAACCCACAAGCAAAUCCCGGAAUUGACUUGACAGUCACUGUCCUUACUACUGGGUUCUGGCCAAGUUACAAGUCUUUUGAUCUUAGCCUCCCAGCUGAGAUGGUUAAGUGCGUUGAAGUGUUUCGAGAGUUCUAUCAAACAAAGACAAAGCACAGAAAACUCACAUGGAUAUAUUCAUUGGGGACAUGUAACAUCAAUGGAAAGUUUGAGCCUAAAACUAUGGAGUUGAUUGUAACUACCUAUCAGGCUUCUGCUCUGCUGUUAUUCAAUGCAUCAGAUAAAUUAAGCUAUCAAGAAAUUAUGGCUCAAUUGAACCUUUCUGAUGAUGAUGUUGUGAGACUGUUGCAUUCCCUUUCAUGUGCCAAGUAUAAGAUUCUUAACAAGGAGCCCAAUACGAAAACAAUCUCUCAUACAGAUGUUUUUGAGUUCAACUCAAAGUUCACUGACAAAAUGAGGAGGAUCAAGAUUCCUCUCCCUCCCGUGGAUGAGAAGAAAAAAGUAAUUGAAGAUGUUGAUAAGGAUAGGCGAUAUGCUAUUGAUGCAUCAAUCGUCCGCAUCAUGAAGAGUAGGAAAGUUUUGGGCUACCAGCAGUUGGUGAUGGAGUGUGUUGAACAGUUGGGCCGCAUGUUCAAGCCUGACGUCAAGGCAAUCAAGAAGAGGAUUGAAGAUUUGAUUACUCGGGACUAUCUGGAGAGGGACAAGGAUAACCCGAAUUUGUUCAAGUACUUGGCAUGAAUUGUCCAGGCGAUCAACCCUAUGUGCUACUCGCUAUCCCUGAUCGAUGCGAGAGGGUGUGCAUUCUAUCGUGCGUCCAUUGGCCUGAAAAAUUGACCACAAACUUCUGUAAAUGUUUCCAAAUAUUUAAUUACCUCUUUUUUGAUGCUUGCUUACAAUCAGGAGCUUGAGAUUUUCUGUGUACAUUAAGCCUUCAAAAAUCAGAUGUAGACAAUCGCUACAUUUACAUGUCCUUGUUGGAAAAAAGUGUAAUAUCUGUAGUUUUAGCAGUGAGACUACCCUUGCUGGGGCAGUUGUACUUUUCCAAUCUUUAUUGGUGCAGGAGUUGAACUUUUUCAGUUUUA